AUGUCUACCACUUCUGUUUCUAUUCACUCGCCUCCACGCAAGCUACAAGACGUCCCUGCCUCAGCUGGCUGUGACGCUGUACUCAAAGCAGUUCAGGAAGAUGGAGCAGUGAUCAUCAAAAAGCUCUUCACACACGAUCAGAUUUCUCGCCUGAACGCUGAUGUGCAGCCGGCAAUGAACGCGAUGGGCGCUGGGUCCAAGCAUGCCGAGGAAUGGGUACGAGAGUUUCAUGGGGAUAGCACGAAACGGCUGAACAACAUCGUUGGCAUCAGCGCAACAUUCCGAGAAGAAUUCCUCGAGCAUCCACUCAUCCACGCCGUCUGUGAGGCAAUCUACCUCGCCGACGCCGGGGGCUACUGGAUGAACUCGACACAAGUCAUCGAUGUCACUCCCGGAAGCAAGCCACAACCGCUGCACCGCGACCAAUGGCAGUUCCCUAUAUUCCAGCUGGCAGGGCCUGGUGCGCCCGAGGCUAGCUGCAAUUUCAUUGUCGCAUUAUCGCGGUUCACUGACGCCAACGGCGCCACUCGCGUCAUUCCGGGGAGCCACCUAUGGGCAGAUUUUCAUGACAAUGGCAAUCACGGGGACACCGCGCCAGCGGAGAUGGAGGUUGGAGAUGCCUGUUUCAUCAGUGGUAAGGUCGUGCAUGGCGGGGGCUCGAACACGACUGUUGAUGAGACGAGGCGCGGCAUGGCAAUAGUCUUUCAGUGUUCUUACCUCACACCUGAAGAAGCACAUCCCUUUAACAUUGACGCGAACAUCGCGCGAACGUUAAGCGCCAGGGGUCAACGCAUGGUAGGGUUUCGGUCCCAAUUCUUGAAGAAUAGUCCCGGAGUUUGGAAGAGAAACUAUGGUGAGGUGGAUGAAGUUUAUUGCUAG